UCUUUCUUACACAACUUGCUUCUCUCCCUUUGAUCAGAAUCUCAGUUUCGUUUCUGCGUCACCACGUCACUCAGAUCCAGCUCAAUUAAUCACAUUUGACCAACACAAUUUCACAAAUCAAACACUCUCAUUGCUCAAUCUGAGAACACUUUCCAAUCACCUCGCAUUGCAUGUCUUUUGAAAUCACUUUCUAAUCUCUCUGUCGCAAACUUGCUUCGGUGUCGCAGCUGAAUGUGGAAAUGGCUUCUCAAACCUCCGACGGCAAUUUCAUGAGGAAUUUCUGGAUCCCGAAACACGUGCUGGUGCCAGAAUCCGCGGUUGAAAGUAGCGACGUCGAUGUCGACGGACCUGAGUGUCCGGUGCUCGUUUUCGUUAACUCCAAGAGUGGUGGUCAGCUGGGAGGAGACCUCUUGAAAACGUAUCGUGCGCUUCUUAAAGAAAAUCAGGUUUUCGACUUGGGGGAAGAGGCUCCUGAUAAGGUUCUGAGCAGGAUCUAUGCGAAUUUGGAAAAUCUCAGGCUUCAGGGCGAUCGAAUUGCCAUAAAGGUCAUGGAGAAAUUGAGAUUAAUUGUUGCUGGGGGUGAUGGAACAGCUGGCUGGCUACUUGGAGUUGUUUGUGAUCUGCAACUGUCUCGUCCGCCACCCAUUGCCACGGUUCCAUUGGGCACAGGGAAUAAUCUGCCGUUUGCAUUUGGUUGGGGAAAGAAAAACCCAGGAACAGAUGAACAGUCGGUCAAGUCAUUUCUGAAUCAAGUAAUGAAAGCUAAGGACAUGAAAAUAGACAACUGGCACAUUCUUAUGAGAAUGAGGAUUCCAGAAAAAGGUGCCUGUGAUCCAAUUCCACCCCUUGAGCUACCACACUCUUUGCAUGCCUUCCAUCGUGUAUCUGAGGCAGAUGAGCUUAGUAUGGAAGGCUGCCAUACUUUUCGUGGGGGGUUUUGGAAUUACUUCAGCAUGGGAAUGGAUGCUCAAAUUUCGUAUGCAUUUCAUUCUGAACGGAAAUUGCAUCCUGAAAAGUUCAAAAAUCAGUUGGUCAAUCAGAGUACUUAUGCUAAGCUUGGAUGCACACAAGGAUGGUUUUUUGCUCCUUUGUUCCACCCUCCUUCCAGAAACAUAGCACAUCUUGCAAAAGUAAAAAUCAUGAAGAGGCAUGGUCAUUGGGAAGACCUGUCGAUUCCAUCCAGCAUCAGGUCCAUUGUAUGCCUCAACUUGCCUAGCUUUUCUGGUGGAUUGAAUCCAUGGGGUACACCGAACAAGCACAAGAGGCGUGAUAGAGAUUUGACACCUCCAUAUGUAGAUGAUGGCCUUUUAGAGGUGGUUGGCUUUAGAGAUGCUUGGCAUGGGCUUGUUUUGCUUUCUCCAAAUGGACAUGGAACUCGCCUUGCCCAGGCACACAGAAUCCGCUUCGAGUUUCACAAAGGUGCAGCAGAACAUACAUUCAUGAGGAUUGAUGGGGAACCUUGGAAGCAACCCCUCCCAGUUGACGAUGAUACUGUUUUGGUGGAAAUUUCUCACCAUGGCCAGGUUAACAUGCUCGCAACUCAUGAAUCGAAGUCUAAAAGUGUGAAUGAUCCGUCAUCUCCACACCACCAUGAUGUGGAAGAAGAUGAUAGUGAUGACGAAGAAUCUAAAGCAGAUGAAUUCCGGAAGUUUGGUGCGGCAGAAACAUUCAAGAUCCCAGAUGAGGUAGACCUUGCUCAUCUUAGUUAGGUAUUUCAUUGUCAAAGCCAUUCUUUUAAGUUAUGCAGCUGAUAACAGAGUCUGCCUAGCUAUUUAUAGGAUUUUUAUAAACAUUUGCUGUUUGUUUCCCUUGUCAAAAACAUUCACCUAUUUGCUCUAUUCGAGCAGCGUUAUGUCAGUAAACGUGUGAAUGUAAUUUAGAAGUGUUAUGCAAUAAUUGUUUUACUUAACAUAAACAUAUGUGCAGUUCAAAUAAUACAAACCUAUCAAGAAGGAGAAAUGUUACUUUGUUGUUACAAACGUUGGUUCAAUCGAAA